AGUCAGUCAGUCACUCCCUCAGUCUUUCUCCAGCGACUUUGGCUGUCGGAGCCUCCGUAGCGUCCCGUAUUCUGUGCUUUCGGCGAAUGAGGCCAACGGAGCGGCGAAGGCGUGAAGGACUUGAAGAUUUCAAAGCAAAUGUUGGAAGAUGUUGGCUGCGGAUACAGGGAUUGUAGAAGAGUGGUUAUCAGAAUACAAGACGGUGCCGGAAGCAUCUAUACCAAGCUAUGCUAAAAAUCUGAAAGACAAGAUUUCUCUGGUUUCAUCUCUUUAUAAAGUUAUUCAGGACCCACAAAGUGAGCUGCUGGAGCCAGUCUGUCACCAGCUGUUUGAAUUCUAUCGCAGUGGUGAGGAACUUCUGUUGCAGUUUACACUGCAGUUUCUUCCAGAACUUAUAUGGUGCUAUCUUGCUGUAUCUGCCAGUAAAGAUCUACAAAGUAGUGGCUGCAUAGAAGCACUUCUGCUAGGAGUUUACAAUUUGGAAAUAGUUGACAAAGAGGGGCAUAGUAGAGUAUUAAGUUUCACAAUUCCAUCUUUAUCCAAACCUUCAAUAUAUCAUGAACCAUCCAGUAUUGGUUCCAUGGCUCUUACUGAGGGUGCUCUCUCUCAACAUGGCUUAUCUAGGGUUGUGUACAGUGGACCUCAUUUGCAGAGAGAGAUGCUGACAGCACAAAACAGGUUUGAAGUGUUGACAUUCCUUUUAUUGCGUUAUAAUGCUGCCUUAAGCUAUAUGCCUGCAGUUUCUCUUCAGUCAUUAUGUCAGAUCUGCUCAAGGAUCUGUGUUUGUGGAUAUCCUCGCCAGCAAGUAAGGAAGUACAGAGGCAUAAACAGCAGGAUUCCAGUUUCGUCUGAAUUCAUGGUGCAAAUGUUAACUGGGAUUUAUUAUGCUUUUUAUAAUGGAGAAUGGGAUCUGGCUCGUAAAGCAAUGGAUGAUAUUUUAUACAGAGCACAACUGGAGCUAUACCCAGAACCAUUGUUGGUUGCUAAUGCGAUAAAAGCUUCAUUGCCUCAAGGUGCCAUAAAAUCUAGUAAAGAAGGUACAAAAUGUAUUCAGGUUGAAAUUACACCUACAGCAUCUAGAAUAUCAAGAAAUGCAGUGACCAGCAUGUCAAUUCGGGGUCAUAGAUGGAAAAGGCACGGAGUCAUACUUGAUGAUACAGGUGCUGAAGCUGACGAGUCAUUGGUUAGGACAAGUAUUUGCUGCAGCAGAUAACAGUAAGGCAAGAGGCUUGAUAGUAUUAGUAAAGCAACUGACUUCAGUGAGGAUGAACAGUUAACUUUAUUAAGAAGGAGAAUAAUUUGGCAGGUAUGCAAAUAUUGCUGCAGACUGCUAAGUAGAAAGUAAGUUCUGAUCUUUCCAUUCAGGAAAGUGAUAUCAUAAUGUUAUGACAAAUUAUGUGGAAACCUUGCACUUUUUUGUCAUGGUCUAUGAAUCACACACAUGGGGUUUUGCCCCUGUACAGAGCCUCUCCCAGAACAUACUUGGGCUGAGUGAUUUUGGCAGGAACCCAUUCCCACUCCAUCAUGCUGUAGUGUGCCACAGCUGUCUCUCCUUAGUUUCCUUUUGUCUGAUGAGUAAGCAGUUCUGAACAGAAUGUUCUUUUGAACUAAUGAAUCGUCAAGAUACACGGAGUGAUUUUCUUCUAGUUUAACCUCUCUUUUAUGUUUUGCCUUUCCUUCACUCUCCAUUAUUUAUAACUUUGACAUACUGAGGAUUUUCACACCAUUCCUGUAGUUUUUUCUGUGGCCUUGUUUAGAUUGUAUACCUCAUGUGGAGAUAAAUAAGAGCCCUGGUUAAAUACCUGAAUUGCAGCCACUCACUCACAAACCAUAAGAUUGUGAGUUCAGUGCCAGUCAGGGCUCAGGCUUGCAUCCUUCUGAGAUCGCUAAAAUGAGUACCCAGCUUGUUGUGGACAAUUAGCUUACAGUUGUAAACCACUUAGAGCUGCUUAGGUGGUAUGAAGCAGUACUGUAUAUAAAUGAAGCUGAUUUGCUAUUGCUGUAAAUUGGCUUGUUCAAAGAGACACUGAGUGCUUAUACUGCCUUGGAAAGGGUUACAAGAUCCAAUGGUGAUCUAUUUGUAGAGUGUUCACCAAGUGAGCUCUGAAAAACAGGUAGAUUACUACUGUUGGCUACCUGGGCAGAUACUUUGAGUUCAGCAGGUUUGGUGGCUGAGGACUCAGCAUUUAGUAUUGCAGUGCCAGUCUUGGAUGUAGGCCUCCUCACAUAAAGCUAUGCUUUUGUACCAGCCUUAGAUCUUGUUACAUGUUCUGCCUUUGUGAUCUCUGUGGUGCCAGCUGCUGCAGCAACACUGUGCCCAGUAUUAUCUACUCAGUCUUUGUCUUGGACAUGUAACCUCCCCCCUAUGUCAGGAAGGAAUUUGGAUAAAUGGAAUCAAAACAUUUUCAUUCUUCAGAUAAGGAAGAGGAAGCUACUAAGAAAAAGAAGGUGAAGAGGACUGGGGAAAUCAAAAGUUGGAUCUGAGAAUCCAGGCAAUUCAUUUGGGUCUCCCUGUGGUACCAACCCCCCCCUCCUUUGAUAGUUUGCUACCUCUACAGUUACCUUGUUUCAGACAUUGUAGCAAUCUUAAGAUGCUUAGUCAGUACUAAUAUCUUUACUAUUGAUUCUGGAGGUCCCUUUUCAACUCAUUGGUGCAGAUCUUACUUCAUUGGUGUGAUUUGGAAUUAGCCUAGCACAGAUUCAUGGGAAAUUCUCUGAUGUCCUUUGUAGAACCCUCUUCAAAAGGAGAGAUUUGAGAACCACCUUUUUAAAAAAUUCAGAAUUAUACAAACAAAACAUGGCAACAGCAACAAAUAAAAAUAAUGUCAGAAACAGUAAACUCUCAGAUGUGGUUAUUCAGUAAAAAAAAUAAACAGAAAUUAAACCAAGUGAUGUCCUGGAAAUUAUAGACAAAAGGCGCAUUCAGAGAUCCUGAAUUGAGAGCCACCUUGAGUGAAUCGGAACUCUCCUUCAUUCCCACCCCUGAGUCAGGACAGACUUUAGUAUCAUGUUCCAGGCAUCCUUCCUAUGCCCAGUCACCAUGGUAUUGGGAUGAUUAUCAGUCUUCCUUGUGUUGCAGCGACUCAGGUAGAUACUCAAGGGAAGGUUCACCUUGUUCAGUUUGCUCCAACCACCAUUAGGAAUUUCAGGGAUCUGGAAUGGAAAGACGUUUAUAGAAACCAUAUUGAGGAACCAGAAAUGUGUCAGGUAUUGCAGCAAAGUAGGAAAUAGGGUUCAUUCCAUGGGCAUUGUGGUCCUUUAUGAGUGUAAUGGCCCUUUCUUUAAUAGCUUUUCUCCCUUUCCCUUGUUGAUUAGAGUUAUAAUGAAGGUAUAGAAGAACAAGUCAGAUUGCAUUCUGAUAGCUCUGUGUGAUGGCUUCAUCAACCAUGGUUCACACCAUGCUUUUUCUGUUUUCUUGUGAGACAUGCAUUCAUGUGCCAAUGGAAACAGAGCAGUUGUUCCAAUUAUCAGGGGUUAUUCUCUAUCUGGACGUAGUAACUUCACAUGAUGUCAUGGAGGCUCACACUUUCCUUCAGCACAUAUAGAUAGUUUUAGAAGCAUCAAGGAAACCUUCCAUUUUUGCUUAUACUUGGCAAAGUAGAAUCAGUUCCCUUCCUUUCUUUGAGAUUCUUCCUUCAUUCAAGGCUUCCUUCCUUUGAAACCCUCUCAUUGAGGAAGUCUCCAUCCCUCACAUUUUGUACUUUCUAUUACACUCAGAACAUCUGGACUGUCUAACAGUUCUGAAUACUAGGUUUGCUUCUGCUAAGGCAUCACUUUCCUCAGACCCCUAAUGAAAUAAUUCUUGAAAAGGUUGAAACAAUUAUAUUUACCAGUACCAAUAAAAAGUUCCUCCAGUUUUCACUCUGUUACCAUUGCAACUGACAAAAUGUCUUUUCAGCUUUUGCUGAUAACUGGUUUGUGUUUACUUACCCUGAAGCUGUUGGUUUUAAAUAGUGUGACUGCAACUAGAUGAAGACAUGUGACAACUCACUGUGGUGAUCACUUUUACCAGACUUUUCACCAUGAUUAUGUCAUGCUGUGGCCUGAUCAUUCCUUUUCCCCCCAAGGUGAUUUUCUACUUUUCAUCUACAACAGGGCUUGGAACUGCCAAGAUUCAUGCAGAAUCUCUCAACACUGUUAGAGAGAUAUUACAUAUCUUCAAUGUCAAAAGGGUGCUGGGCUUCUAUGUCAACCACAGAAUGACCUUUCAUAGAACCUCACAAUGUUUUGUAAAAUAUUCUGGGGCCAAUAAUAAUUUACCAGUUCUCCUCCCAAGAUUCUUGAAGUGUCAGUGCAAACUAUUAUACAGUCGGCCCUUCUUAUCCACAGAUUUUUUAUCCACAGAUUCAAGCAUCCAUGACUUGAAAAUGUUCAAAAAAGUAUAAAUUCCAAAUAGCAAAUCUUGAUUUUCCAUUUUAUAUAUGGGACACCAUUUAGCUCUGCCAUUAUAUUUAAUGGGACUUGAGCAUCCACAGAUUUUGGUAUUCAUGGGGGAUCCUGGAACCAAAACCCAACGGAUACCAAGGACCGACUGUACCCACUUAUGAGUCCUCCCACCUUCUGAUUCCAGAGAGUCUUAAGACCCAUUCUUUAAGGUUAGUGGCUACUUCUACAGCCUUCCUGAAGGCUAUUCUGUUGCCAGAUUUGGACAGAGCUGCAACUUGGCCACAACCUUCUAUAUUUCUCUUACAUUAGUAUUUAGAUGUGUGGGCAAGAAUUGAUGCCUUCUUUGUCCUGACAUGGAACCAUCCUUCAGUUAGUCACCAUUGGGGUAAUUCACAGAAACACUGAAGAAGAACAUGUUGCUUACCUUUAACUGUGUUGUUUCAUGUGGUCAUCUGUGAAUUCACAAAACCCACUUCUUCUCUUUCUUCAUUGGCUUGGAAUGUGGUAGACACAGAAUUGAGUAGAGAAUUUUGAGGCAUGCUUGAUCAUGAAUACUGAGGGAGUGGUGUGUAAUUCCACCAAAAUCACUCAACUCUAGAAUAUUCCAGGAAAGAGACUGUUCAAGUACAAAACCUCAUCUGUGUGAAUUCACAUAUUAUUGCUCAAAGAACUACAGUUACAGAUAAGCAACUUGUUCUUUAGAUCCUUGAGGGAAAGUUACUGUUGUAGGUGAAAAUAACAUUAAUGAGAUUGGGGUUUGAGGGGUUUCAAGCUUUUCACCACAAUAAUUUGCUUCAAAGUAAACUGACCUAGAAUAGAUAAUGCAUUCUUUCACUUUUUUUGUGUGUUUUGUGAUAAUUUCUUUCAGUCAUAUCUUUUGUACUAUUCCAUAUCAUUAAUGGUGAAUAUUGUUAGUAUCUAGUUGGUCUCCUUAUGUCUGUUACAUAAACAGUUGCAACUGACUAGAAGAACACUAUUAUUGUAACCUGAACACUCCACACAGCUAUAUGAUCAGUAUGCAGACUGGUAGCCUUCUGUAUCACAGAGGUUGAGAUCAAUGCCAGGAAGCAUUUAUUUUAAAAAGCGUUUAUAUCUAUGCUAUAAAAAUGAGAAGAGACUGUUGAUCCAUACCUUCCUUUAGAGAACACAUUUAUGUGAUUUGUUAAUGACAGUAAUUGUUCAUUAGGUUUAUGUGGCUGCCAUUUCAGAAGGUUUGAUCGCUGGAAUAUGUUACUAUGCAGUUUGACAAUUUAGAAUAAUCUAAGUUUCUAUGUACUGUAUAGAGUUAAAUUUGCAAUGAAAAAGUGCAUAUGUUAUAAAUACUAAAUAUUUGCGCAGGGGCCAUGCUUCAUAAUCUAUUAAAGUGUUAAUUAGAGGAGCAGAUAUUAAAGAGGGCAAAAUAAAACAGAAACCAAGAUGCUUUGAAAUUGCUGCUUAAUAAAAGUUGAAAGUUGAGAGAUUAACAGUAGAAAGGACUUCUUAUAUUUUGCUAAGAAAUUAUUUUGCCGAAAACUUCUUGGAUUCAUUUUUAUGCUAUUUUUAUUGCUUUCAGUGGAUAAUCAUGUAUUUAUCAUCUCAUUGAACUGUCCCUAGUGUUGUAUAUUAGGGUAGAAUAUAAAUGUUAGAAAUAACUUUCAAAGCAUCAGUGAACAAAAGGUUACAGCAUUUGGACAGCAUGCUUUGAUUUGGCUAAUCUGCAACCCACAUUCUUAUUAGCAUUGUGAUAGGUUUCCUGUUGCUUAAAAGGAAUAGAAAACAGGUUGUGCUCUAUCAUGUUGAAAGUACCAGUGUAUGUUUGGAUGCCUAGUCUUAAAAAGAUCUUUCUUCUAUGCAUGCUCCUUCAAAAUUGUAGUAGAAGCACAUUAAGACAGUCUGGGGAAAUGGAAGAUGGCAUUUGCCUUCCAUUUCCUUUUAGUGUUCUAUGAUAUGUAAGCCAGUUCACAUGAUUACCAUCACAUGUGUGGAAUGUUUGCAAUCCUGUGUUGGAGCCUAGAAAGAUAAGGAAAAGGAGCAUUGCCAUACUUGUUAGGUUUCAGAAAGAUGAAGAUUCCAUACUUUACAGAAAAUGACAUUCCCCUUAAAUCCUUCAGUUUAUCAUAUCUUCAUGUUUAGGUUUAAUGCCUAUCUAUAUAUAGCAGAAAUAAGGGUGGCUAUAUCAUUUCUUAUGCAAUUAUCAAAUGUAUUAUCAUCAUUUUUAAAAGUUUAAAAAUUGAAAGGAACAUAUCUUUACAUCUGUAUAAUCAAUUCACGUUCUUUAUGCAAGAGUACUUUAUUACCUCUUUACUAAUACUGCUGAAUAACCACAGGCGAGUAAGCAAAAACAUCUUACUUCAUAACAUCCAGCUUUUUAGUUUUGUUAGACUUGUCUCCUUUUUUUUUUCUUUGUGUACGUGGUUUUUGUUUCAGUCAUCCUUUUUUUUUUUUUUUGUCUUAUCCAUCUUUAAUUCUAGAACAACCAGAUAAUGCUAAUGACACUACUGAAUCGGGCAACUUUGUCAUACCCGAGAUUAGUGUCACAAAUGUGGCUGGAGAGAGAACCGGGAAUGGGGAAAAAAGCAGAGCACCAGCAGAGAGUGAUGCUCCGCAUAUACA